AACUACUGUGUGCUCAAUUUCUUUGUCCUUUGGCAGUUAUGUUCCGUUUCGCAGUGUCUGCCACGCUUUGCCUCCACCUUCUCCCCGGACAUGCCAUGCGUGCCACAAAGGGGGCAGAUGCGAGUGGCAGCUGCGACGCUAAGACCUUCGCAGGUUGGACCAGUCCGCCCAACUAUGGGGCAUCAAUCAGGGAUGGUGUGACCCAUGGACUUUGUGGCUAUGAAGCAGAUACCACAGAAGAGAAGUGCAGCACUUAUUAUGCAGAGGGGCUGCAGGAUGAGGGCACCUUCUACCAGUGUCGCUGGCUGUCAGCAACUGGCAAAAGCGGAAAGCAAGUGAACUUAUGCGUCACUUGGUCUGCUGAGAACAAGAGAUGAACUCAUGCAGCUCCAACAAAACGGAAAUUGUGGAGAUGUUGAAAGCUCGUGAAGACUGCCAUGCCAUCCUUUGUGGCUAUGCGCGAAGUGGCAAAUGGAAAGGCUCCACACAAUCUAGCCACUUCGUGGGUGCCUGGACACCGUGGCCGACGCAUGCCCUGGACCACAACACGUGGGGUUGGAGCACAGUCAUCGAGAAGGAGUGCAGUUUGCCAUCGGACAGCCUACACGGCCAUGGCCAUGCCGUGUGGGCGGACAGCUUGGGCCACUGGAAGGAGAAUUACGGGCAGUAUUUCAACAAGUCGACUUGUGGAUGCAUGAGCGAGGAUAAAUGUUGAGAUGAGCCGGGCUCAUUAAGCCUUUUGCAUCUUUUUGGGCCAAUUUGUGGAGGAAAAAGCCACUGCGCUGGCGCUG